UACCACCAAUCUUGACUGACCGGUUCUUGUGGAUGAUAUAAGCAUCAUGACCUUUUUUUAAAGAUUGAAAUAUGAUUUCGUGUUGUUGUUGUUGUUGCUCAAUUAGUUGACAAGUGAUGGUCGUUUUGUAAAGUUUUUGUUUUUUGCUCCAAAUUCAAAAAAAACCUUUUUUUUUGAUAAUAAUGACCACCAAUAUUCAAAAACAACAUUCGAAUAUAAAACCGGUGAUGAAAAAUAAUGAAAAAUGUCCCAAUGUUAAUCAACCAUUAUCAACCAAUAAAUACAAUUCAGAAUGGUGGCUUUGUUUUUCGUUUAUCACUGUGUUGGCAUUUGCAACAAGAUUCUAUAAAAUUGCCGAACCUAAUCAUGUUUGCUGGGAUGAAACACAUUUUGGUAAAAUGGCAAGUUGGUACAUAAAUCAUACAUUCUUUUUCGAUGUUCAUCCACCAUUGGGAAAGAUGCUCAUUGCAUAUGCAGGUCAUUUAACCGGAUAUAAUGGAACAUUUCCAUUUAAUAAACCGGGUGAUAGUUAUGGUGAUUAUCCAAUACUUGGAAUGAGAAUUUUUUGUGCAACAUUAGGUACAAUGAUUGUUCCUUGUUCAUUUGUAAUUGUUUGGAAUUUAUCACAAUCACUUGCAGCAUCAAUAAUGGCAUCAACUUUAUUAUUAUUUGAUAUUGGAAUGAUUAUCUUAUCUCAAUAUAUUCUAUUGGAUCCGGUUUUAAUGUGUUUUAUUACCUGUUCAACAAUGGGUAUGACAAUGUUUUAUUCAUUGGCUGAUCGUCCAUUUCAAACACAAUGGUGGUUUUGGCUUAGUUGGUCAGGAUUUUUUCUAGCUUGUGCUAUGAGUGUAAAAUUUGUUGGAUUGUUUGUCGUAUUAUUGGUCGGCAUAUUUACCAUCAAUGAUUUAUGGAAUAUUUAUGGUGAUUUAAACAAUUCAAUCAUUUUGGUUGUAAAACAUUUUCUUGCACGAGUAUUAUGUUUGAUUAUACUACCAAUUAUUGUUUAUAUGGUAUUUUUUUGGUGUCAUUUAACCGUACUGAAUCAAAGUGGUAGUGGUGAUGGUUUUUAUAGUUCAGCAUUUCAAUCAACAUUGAAAGGAAAUUCAUUAUAUAAUGCAUCGAUGCCACAAUUUGUUGCUUAUGGUGCUACAGUAACGAUUAAAAAUCAUCGAACAGGUGGUGCAUAUCUUCAUUCACAUUGGCAUCUUUAUCCCGAAGGUAUUGGUGCUCGUCAACAACAAGUAACUACUUAUUCACAUAAAGAUGAUAAUAAUAAAUGGCGUAUUAAAAAAUAUAAUGAAGAAAGUACGGAAAAUUCUGAACCUAUUGAAUACGUAAAAAAUGGUGAUCUAAUUCGUUUGGAACAUUUAGUAACCGAACGAAAUCUUCAUAGUCAUAAUGAAAUGGCACCGAUUACGAAAAAACAUUUUCAGGUUACUUGUUAUGGUGAAAAAGGAAUCGGUGAUGCUAAUGAUGUUUUUCGUAUUGAAUUUGAAACGGGUAAUAAUGGACAAUCAUUAGAAGCGGUAAAAACAAGAUUCAAAUUGGUUCAUUAUUUGAUGAAUUGUGCUAUUUAUUCGCAUAAUAAACAGCUACCAAAAUGGGCAUUCGAACAACUUGAAGUAACAUGUACGCCUAAUGUUUUCGAUACUAAGAAUACAUUAUGGAAUGUUGAAGAUAAUUAUUUUCCACGUCUUCCAAACGUUAGUGUUAAUGUUUAUGCGCCAAAAUUUUUUGAUAAAUUUUUAGAAUCUCAUGCUGUAAUGUUACAAGGAAAUUCUGGUUUAAAACCUAAAGAAGGUGAAGUAACAUCUCGUCCAUGGCAAUGGCCUAUUAAUUAUCGGGGACAAUUUUUUUCCGGUAAUGAUUAUAAAAUAUAUUUACUUGGUAAUCCAAUCAUCUGGUGGUUAAAUCUAUUGAUGUUAUUCUUCUAUCCAUUUAUCGUUUUAAUAAUCAUUAUUCGACGUAAACGAAACUGUGAUGAAAUUCCAUUGAUCGAAAAAGAAAACCAAAGAUUUUUGUCCGCAUCCAUUUGGCUAUUCAUCGGUUGGUGUCUACAUUAUUUUCCAUUCUAUGCAAUGGGUCGUGUUUUAUAUUUUCAUCAUUAUUUUCCUGCUGCAAUAUUCAGUUCAAUGUUAACGGCUGUAAUUCUUGAUUAUCUAUUCAAUGCAUUACCUAUAUUGAUGGUAUAUAUUAUUUAUGAUCAAAAAUCAACAGACUAUCGUUAUCAAAAUGCUCGACUAGUAUUGCAUUUUAUUUACGGAACAUUCAUAUCGGCAAUUGCAUAUAGUUUUUAUCUAUUUUCACCAUUAGCAUAUGGCAUAAUACGAUUACUUACAUCAGUGACCAACAGUCAUGUUGGUAAUAGUUCUACUGGUUCUUCUUCGAUAAUCAUUGCAGCAGGUGUAGCAAUCGGUUCACAAAGUUCAUUAUCCAUUGAUGGUGAUUUAAAUCCAGAUAAAAUUGAUUAUAGCAGUGAACAACAAAUGAAAAGUCUUCGUUGGAUGGAAUCAUGGGAAUUUUAAACCAAAUAUUAUCAAAUCAAAAUCAAAAUCAAUGAAAAUAAUAU